AUACAUCUCUUAUUCUAGGUGCGGAGUUAUCUUGUGUAUAACUGUUUGUACGAAGCCCCCAUCUUUGAAGCCCAGUUUCCUCCAGCAACGGCAACCUUGCCCAAAGCAGCCUUCUCUGGACAAAUCCCCAUAUCCAAUGCGUCUUGAAUUCAAUUCGUGGUGUCCUUCGGAAUCCCCAUCGCAACAUUGAAUGCCCAGUGUAGCGGGUUAUGUCGCAGCCCUUUGGUAUGUGAUGCUAAACAGAAUCUAGGUCUGGCUGAAAUGGUUACUUAUUUACCGAUUUCCUCCCCUUUUGUUCACUUCGCUGGCCGCUACGUUGAUGAUGCCUUCGGAAUGGCUGCGGGUUACAACUUUUUCAUCUUCGAGGCUGCAUUGGUUCCUUUUGAGAUUACAGCCUGUAACCUGAUUAUUCAUUUUUGGAGUGAUGCAGUUCCGUUAGCAGCCAUCAUUUCCAUCAUACUUGUUCUUUACGUACUAUUAAACGUUUUUGCCGUCGAAUGGUACGGCGAGUCGGAGUUUUGGCUCGCCCUUAGCAAGGUCUUGCUCAGUGUAGGAUUGAUCCUGUUCACGUUCAUUGCGAUGUUGGGUGGAAACCCGCAACAUGAUCGUUUUGGAUUCCGACACUGGAAAGAGCCCGGAGCAUUUGCUGAGUAUUACAAGCCUGGAGACCUCGGAAGGUUUCUUGGGUUUCUCGCCUGCUUGAUCCAGGCCAGUUUCACCAUUGCAGGGCCUGACUACCUGUCUAUGGCUGCAGGAGAAUCAGUCAACCCACGAGGAAAUCUCCCAAAGGCUUACAACGGCAUGUUUUACCGGCUGACCUCCUUUUUCAUCUUGGGUGCACUCUGCGUUGGUAUCCUGGUUCCAUACAACAGUACAGAGAUGGCCGAUGCUUUCAGUAACAGUCUUCCUGGAGCUGCUGCUUCGCCUUAUGUGAUUGCAAUGGAGCGACUCAACAUCCCUGCUUUGCCUCAUAUUGUCAAUGCCCUGGUUCUCCUGGCCGCGUUCAGCGCGGGGAAUAGUUACGUGUACUGCGCCAGUCGAAGCUUGUAUGGUCUUGCCUUGGAAGGCAAAGCACCCCGGAUCUUGACCAAGUGCACGAAAGCCGGAGUUCCGGUAUACUGUGUUGGGGUUGUUCUUCUCAUUGCGCUUCUCGCAUUCCUGCAGGUCUCCAACGGUGCAUCAGUUGUACUCUCAUGGUUUGUCAGUUUGGUCACCGCAUCACAACUCAUUAACUUCUCGGUCAUCACCUUUACUUAUACUCGAUUCCGGAAAGCCCUUAUGGCUCAAGGCGUCUCCCGCGAGACCCUUCCCUACCAAAGCCUCGGCCAGCCGUACAUCGCCUACAUUGCCCUGGUCGCGACAACCGUCAUGGCUUUCGUAGGGGGCUACGAGGUUUUUCUUCCUGGUAACUGGGACGUACCGACUUUCUUCUUCUCGUACACGAUGAUUGGGGUGUUCCCAGUUCUAUACUUCGGGUGGAAGUUUAUUCACCGCACCGAGUUCCGGAAGCCAGAGGAUAUCGAUGUCACCAGUGGAGUCGAGGAGAUUGAAGACUAUACAAGAAACUACUCUCCCGAGCCAGCGAGUAACCCUUUCUCGAGAUUUGGAGAUUGGAUAUUCAAGUGAAAGUCCAGUACAGUGUAAGUAUGAGUAUCAAUAUAAAGUAUAUAUACACACACACACACACACACACAACAGGUUACGAUACACGAAUACAAAUCAAACACUUACCUGUAAACACCAUAAUCUAAAAUAA